AUGAUAUGCUUUAAGAUUGAGAAGGAUAAUUGGAUUGUUUAUAAAUUCAUUCCAGAUCAUAAUCAUGAUCUUGUGAAAUCAAGCGCGAGAGCUAUGUUAAGAUCCCAAAGACAUGUUGAUGAAGCGCAUGCUAAUAUGAUUGAAAAUAUGGAUAAUGCUGGUAUAAAACCAUGUGGUAUGUAUUCAUAUUUUGUUGAAGUUGCUGGAGGAGCCCAAAAUGUUGGAUUUUUAAAACAUGAUUGUGAUAAUUUUUUACAAAGCAAAAGAAGCAACACUCUUGAAGCAGGAGAUGCACAAAGUGUUAUUAACCACUUUAAAAAAAUACAAGCGAAUGAUUCGUCCUUCUUCUACACAAUGCAAGUUGAUUGUGAAAAUCGUAUGACCAAUUUUUUUUGGAUAGAUGGAAUAUCAAGGACAGAUUAUAGUCACUUUGGAGAUGUAGUCAUUUUUGACACAACUUACAGAACAAACAAGUAUAAUAUGGCUUGUGCGCCUUUCAUUGGGGUGAAUCAUCACAAACAAAGCGUUCUGUUUGGUUGUGCUUUCUUGUUAGAUGAGACAACAGAGUCAUUCAUUUGGCUAUUUGAAUCUUUUUUGGAAGCAAUGGGUGGAUUGCAACCUAAGACAAUUUUUACUGAUCAGUGUCAAGCAAUGGCAAAUGCUAUUAAAAGAGUGUUUCCCGAAUCUCAACAUCGACUUUGCUUGUGGCAUAUUAGCCAAAAUGCUGCUAAGCAUCUUUCAUAUUAUUUGAGGCAACCUAACUUUAAGGUUCUAUUUAAUAGGUGCCUUUAUAAUUGUGAGUAUGAGCAAGAGUUUGAAGAAGUAUGGACCCGUUUACUCACAAAAGUUGAUAUUUCAAAAUGUUCAUGGUUGAAAAUUUUUUAUGAGUUACGACAAGAUUGGUGCCCGGGAUUUAGCAAGAAUUAUUUUUCAGCUGGCAUCUUAUCAACACAAAGAAGUGAGAGUAUGAAUAAUAUUUUUCGUACUGUAACUUGUAAGACAAUGUCUCUUACUCAAUUUGUUCUUCGUUAUGAGAAAGUUUUGGAGCGUAGACGUUGGUCAGAGUUGCAAAAAGACUUUGAGUGCAAUCAAUAUGCACCUCCUCAGGUAAACAAACUUGCAGGUAUGGCUGAACAAGCUGCACGGGUAUAUACUCAUGUUGUUUUUGAAGAAUUCUAUGAAGAACUAUUUGAUUCUUUAUCUGUGGCAAUUGAAAAAACCAAUGAGCAUAGUAAAUUAAAUUCAAAAAGGGUAUUAGAUCCCCAACGUGUUCGAGCAAGGGGAGUUACAAAUGCUAGACUAAAAAGUCAACUAGAGAAGAAAAGAUGUAAAAAAUAUAUAUCACAAGCUCGAAGCAAAUCUCAUGCUGAUAAAGGCAAAGCUACAAGUACCAGUGCCAAAGAUUUUAGUACAUCUUCAACACCUCCACCAGCUUUUGGUUUUCCGUAUGUCUCUCAAGUGGCAAAUGAUCCAUAUAUCUCUCAAGUGACAAAUGAUAAUACUCUUCCAACAACAUUUUGUUUUCCAUAUAUCUAUCAAGUACCAUAUACACAGUACUAUGAGGCCAGACAAGCCAUGAUUGUAGAAGAUGAAUUUCAUGAUUUCAUUUGGCAGAUUGCAUAAGACUUUCUGUUGCUAGACUUUCUUCAAGUCAGGUGGACUUUUUGUUGUUGGUGUUCUCCUGUGC